AACAAAUUUCUGAGGCAUAAUAUAAUAACAUUUUGCCUAUAAUUUUACAACGUAAAACAUUAGAUCACCACAAAUGACUCUUUAAAGCAGUGCCGACAUUUUAAUAUUUUCUAACCAUUCAGCGAACAAAAGCUAACAGGCUGAUUAUCAUUUGUCAUCAAAACGCCCACUGAAGUGGUGUGAGAAAUACCGACUUUCUACUCCUCAUUCACAUAUAAGGUAAUCUACAUUUCCUACAGAGAAAAUACUACCUCAGGGGUAGUAUUAUUCCGGAGAUUUUCAGGGUAGGUUGUCAGGAUAUUUUGUUCACACAUAGGCCUACGGGCCGUAAGGAGAAUAUCAGAAUGUACACGUGUGUCUGAAAGCAGCUGUGUGAGCAUUUGAUUAUAUUAUAACAUUUCUCGAUUUAUGGUAACAGGGGUAAUUGUUCAAUGGAAAGUGUAGUAUACAAUGCAUGCAAAUCAAUUAGCUUUUACUGUUAUUCGGGGCUGAAAACUGCAUUGAAAUUUUAAAAUGCAAGGCAACUACUAUUGGUUAAUUGAAAAAUAAUAAUCAUCAUGUGAUUCAACACCUCUUCCAGUGUCCUGGCCAAGACAGGCAGCAUUAGCCUACAGUCACACAUAGCAUACACACAAAACAUAAUAAAAAUAAAACAACUAAAACAGUCCAUUGGGGGGUGGGGGGGAUAUCAAUAUCGCAAGAUAUUUGGGGAGGCUCAAGGAGGAGUAAUAUUACAUUUGAGAAACAAAGUGUAGUCUUGUGGUGUACAUGAUUCACCAUACUGUGUUAUUGACAUGUUUUCGUUCUGUGUUAUAGGGCCACUGUCUCUUUAAGAAUCACGUGACUUCUGUGUUGAUAUGCUGGUCGGUGCGAUGUUUGAAUUUAACGCUUUUUAUAUUUUAACGUUUUUUAUAUGACAAAAUGAACGACCCGCUGUUGCUUGUCGAGGUGAGAAAUUGCGUCUUCCCUUAUUUUAUCGCUAUUUCUACAGUCUAUAGACAGAACGUGUUACCUGACAAAGUUUGUCGACGUGUUUAAAAACAUAACGUCUUACCUGGGCAACUGUCGCAUUGGUGUGUGCGCAUGCGUGUGUUCUUACCUGCGCGUGUACCGAUGGUGGAGCCGUUAAACGUCUUUACUUGUUCGUGUGCGUGUGUGUGUGCACGCACAUGCAUACAAUUCCCCUCCUUUUGCUUCAUAGUUACCAUACCGAAACUUUACCAAAUAAAGUCAGUUAAAAGCGAUCCUGAUUCGAGUACCUUUUCUUAAAGAACGCGACGAUAUCGCCUAUGCAUAUAUCGUGAUAUAUCGCCUAUGCUUAUGUCUUGGGAAAAUAUAGGGAAGUGGUAAUGACUGACAUGCUCAAAGUCUUUGUUUCAGAGCUACAUUAUAUACAAAAUCAUUCCUCUCCACAUUAUUCAUUUUAUAUCUGCCCACUAUGUCUGACAGCCAAACUAAUACGAUACGAUUGUGAUUGAAAAUGGUCAUAUUCUGUGAAUCCGUAUAUUUUAGGAUGUGUUUCCUCCCCCCAUCACUCCCUCUUUUGUUGGUAUGUGUCUGUGAGAGAGUGACAGAGACACAAAGAGAGACACAUACCAACCUCUCAGUGGCCGUCUCCUGCCUGUUUCCACUCACCAUGUGGCUCCAGGAUGUGUUUGUGGGUCUCAACCUCAGUGGGGUCCUGCUCCUCACCUUCAUUACUCUACUGAUGAUGGAUCUACUGAAGAACAGAAACCCCCCCAACUAUCCUCCAGGACCUCUAGCUCUCCCGUUGGUGGGCAACGUUUUCAACAUUGACCCCAGGCAACCUCACAUUUACCUAACCAAGAUGGCCGUUGUUCAUGGGAAUGUAUUCAGCAUGCGUCUGGGGAGAGACAAGACAGUCUUUGUGUCCGGGUACAAGAUGGUGAAGGAAGCCAUCGUGACGCAGGCAGACAUCUUUGUGGAUCGACCCUACAGCCCUAUGGCUACCAGGUUGUACUCAGAGAACAUAGGGGGGUUCUUCUUCAGCAAUGGGCCGCUGUGGAAGAGGCAGCGACGGUUUGCCAUCGCCACGCUACGCAGCCUGGGACUGGGGAGGAGCUGCCUGGAGGACAGCAUCUGUGAAGAGAGCCAUCACCUGCAGCUGGAGAUGGAGGGCAUGAGAGGUGAGCCAUUUAACCCGGCGCAAUUGUUCAACAAUGCCGUGGCCAACAUCAUAUGCCAGAUGGUGUUUGGAAGACGUUUCGAGUACGACGACAAGAACUUCCAGACCAUGCUGAAGAACUUGAUUGAACUGGCCCAUCUGGAAGGUUCUAUCUGGGCUCACUUGUACGAUGCCUUCCCUACCCUGAUGAAGCACCUACCUGGCCGCCACAAUGAGAUCUUCAGCAACUUCCGAUCCCUGGAAACUCUUAUCCGCGGAGAGCUGGAGAGACACAAGCUGGACAUGGACCCCAGCAACCCCCGGGACUACAUGGACGCUUUCCUCAUCGAGAUGAAGAAGCACAGAGAAGCCCCUGAGCUGGGUUUUGAUGAAGACAAUCUUGUUCUGUGUUGUCUGGACCUCUUCCUGGCUGGAAGUGAGACUACAUCCAAGACUCUGCAGUGGGCCCUCAUUUACCUGAUAAACAACCCACAUAUUCAGGAAAAAGUCCAGUUGGAGAUAGACACAAUGGUCGGACCGGCCCGAAAGCCCAGCAUGGCAGACAGACCCAGCAUGCCGUACACAGACGCCGUCAUCCACGAGAUCCAGAGGAUGGGGAACAUUGUCCCACUCAACGGGCUCAGAAGGGCUUCCAAGGACACAACUCUUGCGGGAUACUUCAUACCAAAGGGGACAACUUUGAUGCCCAACCUGACGUCUGUGCUGUUUGAUAAGACUGAAUGGGAGACACCAGACAUUUUCAACCCUGCACACUUUCUGGAUGCGGACGGAAAGCUUGUGCGGAGGGACGCAUUCCUGCCUUUCUCUGCAGGUAAACGUGCUUGUCUCGGGGAGAGCCUGGCCAGAAUGGAACUCUUCUUGUUUUUCGUGAAUUUGAUGCAGAAGUUCAGCUUCUCAACACCGGAAGGUGUGGAGCUGAGCACGGAAGGAAUCAUCGGAGCCACGCGCUCACCCCAUCCGUUCAAGAUAUAUGCCAUGCCCCGCUGAGCUUGUGCAUAAUAACCAACGGACCGGUAGACCAAUAUCAAUGGACUUGCUAAGUCUUUACAUCUUUGUUCUAUGACGAUGCUUCUGUGAAUAGGGUCUUUAGUCCCUUUAAACUCAAACUAACACAAGUAUAUUUAUUAAACCCCUUGUAGCAAAGUCAAUUCUAUUUCAAGUUUUCCUGAGAACCAAGCACCAUCAAACUGUGGUAUUUCUUCAGCAAUGCUUGUGCAAUACCCUUUGUUUUUCACUUUUAUGGUGCAUUGUAUAAAAAAAAUAAAAGGUUAGGCAACCCACUGUCAAUAUACCUAACUGCAUAUUUCAGGUGGACCAAAGGGUGUUCCAAAGGUUCAUCAACUUAUUUCUGCUGGCCUGCUGCCCUUAUCCGUCCUGAUUGGAACCUGAACCAGCUUCAAUACAGCUCCAUCCACCAUCUUGUGGCUCAGGAAAUAAUCAACACAACUUGUUUGGAAAAAGGGAUUUACUUUUGAAAAGAAAAAACAAGGCCUUACAAUUUUUGUAAGCUACGUUGACAUAUCCAACAGAGCUGUUCUGUUCCUUCACCUGUUGAAUUCCAAUCUCAAGGUACAUUCUUCCACACCCGGUUUACCUCGGUGAAAACACACAGGCAUUUAUAUACACACACACACACACACACACACACACACACACACACACACACACACACACACACACACACACACAAACAGUGCACACACACGCUCACACUCCCGCUGUGAGGCACAGGGGAUGAACAAUCAGUUCACAUCCAGUUUGAAUUUAGGCAGGAGGAUGAUCACAUCCUCGAUGAGAAGCAUCGCUCGGGCAGGAUAUCAACGGGUUGCCAGGUUGAAGUCAUACCUCCAGGGUGAGGAUCCGUCUGUCCCGGUCUAGUACCAGGCUCUUUAGGGCCUGGAUCUCUGCGGUGGCCGGGUUCAGUUUGGGAUCCAGGGCUCGGAUCACCUGAAGACCACGUUGGAGGUUCAGUCAUUUCAUCAAACUUUCUCACAGUCUCAGCCCAAUAGACUUUUAUCUCCCACAUAAACAUAAACAAUUCAAUACAUAAUUAUAAAAAUUAAGGAGGCCCUCCAACAGCUCCUUCUUCUUCAUGAUCUCAUCCUGAGCCUCAUUCAGCUGCACCCUGAGGGAGAAGAGGGACAACAAACUGAUCAAAGAAGGUCAGGAGCAUGACUAUCAUCUACUGGUGAUGGUAAGGAAGUUCAACAACAUAAGGCAAGUCCAAUAAUAGCAAAUGUAGCUAAUUAUAGAUCUAAUCAAAAUCUAUAAUGAUUAACAAAACUAUGUCCAGGCAUUGUAGACAUGCUGUGGUUUAUAUUGAUGACGACUACUGAAGUAUUGCGAUCAACAAGGUCACAUUGUAAGUCAAUAAAGACGGAGCACAGUUACAUGUGAGCAUCAAGUUUCGUCUUCAGGCUUGACUGAAAUAAAAAACAUCACAAACAUUUAGGAUAACCAUUCCUUUCGAUCCAGAUAAUCAGACGGAGGAUGAUCUGAGGGAAUAAACAGCACAAGUGUGUUUUACUGGUCUCCUUACAGUGCGCAUGUUUAAGGAUCUGAACUGUAGAGCUUUGCCUCAACCACCAAUCAACUACUACUGUCGUUCUGCACAUCUUCACAAAAUGUGAACUAUUUCAUCACGUCACUAUAUAUUCCAAAACUUGAAAAGGUUUUUGCACUGUCAUGGCUUUGGUCAACAUUUUACCUUCAUCAAAAUCUAAGGACAAUAAUCUUUAAUUAGAUGUAGAUAAUAUCUUUUGUAGAUAAAAAUAUUUUUCUAUUUUAUUCUGAAUUUAUCUCGUGUUAUUUAAUCUACUACAUCUAUUUCCUGGUAGGAGCAUUCUCAAUUGAAUGGACCGGUAGACCAAUAUCAAUGGACUUGCUAAGUCUUUACAUCUUUGUUCUAUGACAAUGGUUUUGUGAAUAGGGUCUUUACUUCCUUUAAACUUAAACUAACAUGCAGUAUAUUUAAUAAACCCCUUGCUUUGCCAGAA